GUUAAUGCUAUCUUUAGUAACCUCUAAAAAAAGAACACAAGAUUCAGCUUAGAAAUAAAGAAAAAGCUGCAGAUUGUUCAAAAUAAAACAAUAAUUCAGUUCAGAUAUUAUUCAAAUUCAGCACUUAAAAUUCAAAAAUCAACAUCAGCCCAAUCCAAUCUGCAUACUUGCAUAACAGUAGCUAGCAAGCAAUUGAAACGAAGUCAGUGUACAGCAGCAGAAACACCAAUGUUACAGCAAAAACCAGACCCAUACAUGCCCAAUGGUACACACCCAGAAGCACACAAGGUUCAGAGCAAGAACAACCAUAGUACCAUUCAUCCAAGAAAUCAGAGAAGCAAACAAAAGAGGAUCGCAAAUGAACAAAAUCUGCCAUGUGUUGACCUUCGAAUCUUCAAAAUCAAGCUCCAAAAACAGCAAAUCGCCGGAGCUUGGUUGCCGCGGACCAAGUCAACUCGCCGUGGGUGUCUCGUUGGCCGGCGCUGCUGUAUCUCUGGUUCCGGAUUGAAGAACGGCGAAAGAGAACAGGGGUUCGCGGCGUCUCUAUCUCUCAAGGAGUAUUGAUGUUAGUAGGGAGUAAAAUUUUAAAAUAAAAUUUAUAUAGUAAUAAACUACAUGAAAAGUUCUACAAAACUAGAGGUGACAAAAUUAUAUUAUUUUAUGAAAUUACUAGUAAAAUUGAGCAAACAAAGUGAAUUAAGUUUGACCUUGUGAAUAGUAUCUGGGAAGAUCUAUGGUAGACAGAGGGAGUACUAUGUUUUCAUAAACAGUAGUUAAUCAACAAUCAUCUGAUACUGUUUUUGGCGUAGUGCUCAUCCUGUAUCUCUAUUGAAGAUCUAUGGAUUGGUGCACUGGAUGAACGGGAAAGAGUGUAAAGUACUUCUAAAUCAUUAUUGUAGGAUGAUAUGCUUUCUAGCACAAAGUCUGUUACGUUCUCCAAGCAGUCAAUGUCCUCAGAACUGAAAGAGGUGGGGAACAUUUUGGUCUCAUAUUUCAUGUUUGAGAGCUCAAUCACUUCUCUCCAGCAAUCACCUUUUUGAAUUUCACCUGAAAAAAUAUGGAAUCUUAGGGUCUGUAUCUACUUUCUUAGAUAAUGUAAUCGAAAAUCUUAAAUUUAAGAGUUCUUUUGUUGGAAGAUGUUUUUUUGGUGGGGGGGGGGGUAUGAAUCACUAUAUCAAUGAUAGAAACUAAAGAGCAAAUUCACUUAAAAGGAAAUCAUCACAAACAAUAUUUUGAACGCGCCACGUUACAGCUGAUAACCUUACAGGAGUUACAACCCUUCUCAAAAAGACUAAAGAACUUCUUAAGAGCCGAUUAAGCAUGAAACUAAAGCAACAUCCUAUGUGAAUCAAUGAGGUCACAUAUGAAGUCACCGAAAUCAACUCCAAUGUUAUAUAAUCUAUCUCAACAUAAUACUUUCCAUGUCCAAGGUUUUCUCUCUAAAAGGUUAUGUACUUUUAUGGUUUGUGAGGAUCAUGGAAAAUACAACAUUAAAUACAAUUAUUGAAUGACCUUUCCUCCAUAAUUUUCUCAUUGAUUUUCUUUCCCUAGCAUUUUCUGGAUUCCAAACAGACCCAUAGUAGUCAUUUGGUAUCAAUUGCAAUUAUGACAGAGCCUCAGCAGCUUCAAUUGCAAUUUUCAGCCGUGUUAUCCAAUCAAGUGACUGUAAAGUGUAAACGUCAUCAUCCGAAUGAUUUUUCUUGAACAAAGAACUCGAGAGACUUUGCUGAUGAAGUGAGUAAUUGAAUUUGUAAAUCAACACGAUAACUGAAACAAUAUUAUCUUGAUUAUGUAGACAAUCAUCCAAAUAAAAUUUCUAUACAAAAUAUUUAUACCUGCCUUUUUAGUUUGAUUUUGUAUUUUUGAGGUUUUGGCUGAGCAAGUGCACCCUUGGUUCCUCUUCCAGUCAUCCUCUGCCGCCUCUACUCGCAGCUGCACCGACACAGCACACCAUUAGACUCACAUUGGAAGCUCCACCAUCUCCACUGCAUUUUUACCAUUUAAAUUU